UACUGUCCUAUAUCUUCAUCGUCAGAAGAAGAAACCCAGAAAUCGAUUCAAGAAAAAAAGACGAAAUCGAAGCUUAAAUCCAUUAGCACAGUGAAAGGAAGUCAUAAUCAAGCUUCGUUUUCAGAUUCAUACUCUCAAAUCAGAUUAGGGUUUCUUUUACAGAAUGGUGAAUAACCAGCACUAUUCUCGAAUCGAUAUUCUAGAGUUGAAAGAUCACAUUGUAAGGAAAAUUGGUCAUCUAAGAACAGAAAAGUAUUUCGAUCAGCUUAAGAGAUUCUUCAGUUUCAAGAUUACCAAGACAGUAUUCAAUAGGUCAUGUUUACGAAUAAUAGGAAGAGAAAACAUUUCCCUUCACAAUCAACUUAUUCAAUCCAUUCACAAGAAUGCUUGUCUUUCGAAAGUCCCUCCAAUCCAACGAAAGAGUAGAACACCCAUUGAUAAAGAUCGCAAAUUUCCAAACCUCCAAGCCCCGACUGAGAUCCAUUCUCUAGGGAGUAGACCGCCAAUUGAAGUUGCUUCAGUUGAAGAUGGAGAAGAAGUUGAACAGGUUGCAAUAAGUCCCGGGAUUCAAAGUAGAAGUCCUCCUGUUACAGCUCCUAUUGGUAUUUCAAUGAAAGUUGUCCCUAGAAGAACAACUUUCGCGGGUUCUAAACUACCAUUGGGAAAUUGUGAAAACAGCUGUGAACUGCCUGAUAGUAGAUCUUUGAGGAGUCGAUUAGAACGAGAAUUGUGUGCUAAAGGGAUUACUGUUUCGAUGGAUUGUGUCAAUUUAUUGAAUACUGGGUUGGAUGCUUAUCUUAAGAGAUUGAUUGAACCAUGUGUUGGAUUGGCGAAAUCGAGAUGCAAAAUGGAGAACCGCAGUAAGUUGAUGAAUCAUAGAAGGAUUAGUUAUGGACCUAAUGGUUGUGUUCUUGGGAGGUAUGUCCAGAUGGUUUUGCCCCAGCCUUUUUCGGCUUCAAUGAUGGAUUUACGUGUCUCGCUUCAAUCGAAUCGUCGUAACCUUGGUGAAGAUUGGCCUAUGCAAUUUGAAAGAGCUUCUUCCUUGCAGGAUUUAGAGAGGAUUUGAUUAAAUGAAAAAGAAGAAUUUGAGAUGCUUAACAAAGUUUUUAUUUUUAUGUUAGAAAAUUUUGGAUUGAAUAAACAAUAUAUUUUAUCCAAUUGUUGCAUUAACAUGUAAAUAAUUAAUAGAUCUGGCUAUUCUCUUAUUUCUCAAUGUUAUUUUAAAUGUUGGUUUGA